CGUACCCUUACACAGCACACUACAGUUCAACUCCAGCAGAUACCGACAUCAAGCAUACCGAGCCGACUUCAGCUCGUGUGGAGAACAGCACAAUACGGGGUUCAAGCCUCAUCGCGCAUCGAUCUCGCACCCUAUCGACCUAGAAAUACCUUGACGCAUGUCUGCCAUACCGACACCCAAACGGCUAUCUUUCGGUGGUGGCGGAGCCAAUGCAGGGACACCGACUGCAAAGGGAAGAAGAGUGCUAGAUGAUCCUGAAGCCGGAGCUGCUUUUCAGGAUGUGAUGCGAUCGAGGCCACCAUCGAGCUUGUCGCAUUCCGUUCGACCGCCAUCGCGCUUGGAUCAGAGCCAGACUGCAGAUCUAGCUCAGAGUACAAGCUCAUUACCUGUUGGACCUACAAAGACACCGGCCGGAGCAGAGGGAUUCAUCAGCAAGUAUGGAAAUGUCAGUCUUGGCAUGGGCAGUCCGGAUACAGCAAGCCCGAGGACACCUGUUCCGGCUAGUCGUCGAGCCCCAUCGGCAUACCUGAGGCAAUCUGUACUGUCUUCCGCGAACAAUGCUACACCGUCUCGAGCAGCAAGCUCUUCAUUUCGAACCCCUACAGCCAAACCCCGAUCUUCACUCAGCGCCCAAACUGCCCCUAUGGCACGUACAGCGUCCACGAGCCGGCCGACCACCCCGACAACCGAAUCCAGGAGACGUGCUAUGCCUCCACCCAAACGUGAAGAGUUUCGAGCAUCGGUUGGCGAUCACGUCUGUAUAGCGUCUUUGGGAAAUUUUGAAGGAAGAGUCAGGUAUAUCGGACCGAUUGAAGGCAAGGUCGGGACGUUUGCCGGGAUCGAGCUGGACGCAGGGUUUGCCGGCAAGGGCAAGAACGAUGGAUCGGUUGCCGGUCAGCAGUAUUUCUCGUGUCCACCAAAUUGCGGAGUAUUCUCGUCGGUAGAAAAGCUGUCACGGGUACAGGUCCGAGCACCGUCCGUCGCCUCGUCUGUCAGGUCGAACAGUACUGCGGGACGAGCGACUCCAGCCCUGCCAUCCGGAAGGGCUACACCUUCUGGAAGAGCUACACCCGCGCUAUCCAUCGCAUCCGGCGCUUCUGGUCGAGAAACACCCUUCAUUCAAGAGGAUUCUGAGCCGGAAUCGGAUCAUCAUCAUAAUGGUAUGCCGCCUCCGGCUCUGGUCAAGUCUACCCGGGUCAACCAAUUGUCACGCCCCGCCGGAGACAAUGCGAUGACUCCGAGAAGUCUCAAAGCGGGAGUUGUGGACAGUCAAGCGACCCUACAAGGCAGGUUGACAGAGGGGUCGAGGGCGAGCCGGUUGGCGGGGAUGAGAGCAAACCAGUUGACGGGGAAUCGGCUGGCAGCCCAAAAGGCAAUGGAUGCUACAGCGGAUUCCGUGAAUGGAGCCACCCCACGACCACUUCGACAGUCGAUCGGUGGACCGGGAUUAUCUGCACCUUCGACUCCAAGUCGCGCUGUCAGCAUGUCGGCGGCGCGGAUGAAGAGCCGGCAGAGCAUUGGAGGUGCCUCUUCUACCCCUAAACCAGCGCUCAAAAGUGGUAGAAUGUCGGUGUCUGGGAGGCAGUCGGUGGUACACGAUUCGAUGCCACCUCCGCCAUCUCCAAGCAAGUACGGUGCACUGAGCCGCUCGAACACGUCGACCGAGGUGGCUGAGGCCAAUCAACGUGCCGAGCAGCAGCAGAUGAUUAACGUCGAACUCUUGAACAAGAUUGACGAAUUGCAGAAAGAAGUCGCCGCUGCUCAGGCUGAGCCGAAGGGGGGUGAUUGGAUCAAGAUCAAGAAGGAACAGGAACAGCGGAUCAACGAUCUGACGGUGGCACAGGAGUUCACGUCGCGGGAAGCUUCUGCCGCCGCGAUCAAGGCCGAAGAAUUGGAAUCCCAAGUCAGCGACACCCAAAGACGACUCGACGCAUCUCUUGAAGAUCUAGAAAGGCUUAAGAGUAAGCUCGCUACAGCCGAGACCUCUGCCGAGCGUUCCAAGAAGGAGUUGCAGGUGCAGAAGGAGAGGUCGGAAGAGGAAUACGAGUUGGGGAUGAAGACGAAACGUCAAGAAGUGAAGGAAGCGGAGGCGCAUGCAGAAGAGAUCCAGAAGCGCUUGGAUAAUGAGCUUUUGAUGAAGCAAGAGAUGAUCGAGACGGCUCAGCAACUCCAAAUGGUAUACGAAAAGAAGCUCGGAGACGCGCAACACAAGCAGUUCCAGCAAGAUACCCUGAUUCGAGACUUGGAAGACAAAGUCGCCGAUGCUUUGCGCAAGCAAAACGCACCUGCACCAUCCCCCUCGGAAGUCGCUCGCGAGGCAGAGACCGCUGCCGAGAUUGAGAACGAGAACCUCAAGGCUCAGGUCGAGCAUCAGCAGAAGAAGAUUGCUAGUCUUGAGGACCAGAUCGAAGAACAGCAGGUCCAAAUUGAGAAGGAAACUGAGAUCGCGCUCAAGAACAACGAGAAGUACCUCGCCAACGAACGAAAGCACAAAGACGAUGUUUCGCAAUUGCGCAGCGACAUGGCCGCACUUCGAGAACAGUUGACAAAGAGUAAAGACCGUGUAGCGGAUCUUGAACAUGCGCUCAAAGACCAUGCCAAGACUCUGGCAGGAGCUCAAGCGGAGAUUGAGAACAACCGUCUCGACCUAGCGGAACUCGAGAAUAUGCGAAUGGCGCAGGGCUUGCUCAACUCAGCACAGAAAGAGCGCGAUGCCUUGAAGGAGGAGAUGAUUCAACUCAAGGCUAGGGUGAAAGAGUCCGAGGCUAGCUCGAGUAACGAAGCGCGUAUGGCAGAGCUACAACAAAAGCACAGCCAGCUUGAAGCCAAGCACCAGGAUCUCGAGACCGCUUACCAAGAUCUGCAGACCAAGCAUCAGCUAGCCUUGCCUUCCGCUGCAGUCAACGGUCAACGUGCUGGUUCCGCCGAUUCGGACUCCGCCCGAAAGCCGAGACUCUCUGCUGGAGCAAGUGAUCUCGAGAAGCAAGUGAUCGGGCUGCGACAGAUGAUCGAUGACCUGCAGAAUGAGAAUGGUGAACUAUACCAGACGAUCCAAGAUCUCAGUGCGCAGAUCAAGACAUCCGAUGAUGACAACAAAGAUCUGGCCAUUGCCAACAAGCAGAUCCAAGCGGAACUCGAGGCCUUGCAAGCCGCCAUCGAGAGCAGGUUGGAUCCUAUGGAGAAAGCUAGCGAGAAAGGAAGCAGUGUGGCGGGCGAUGAUGCAGGAGAGGGUGCUGCCCAGGAUAUUGCUCAGCUCAAGAGGCAGAUCAGCAAAUUGGAAGAAGAACGCCACACUUUGCAAGCUGGCAAAGCCAAGGUGGUUGCCGACCUCACCCGCGAGAUCGAAGAGCUGGAGACCCUGGUCGAGACCAAGAUGUGGCGCGAAGAAGAUCUCGAAGCGCAAGUGGCCGCACUUGAACGACAGAUCAAGAAUGACAAGGCCGCUACUGCUGCUUCGGGUCGCCGGGCCAACGCCGCCGUAUGCGCCCUGUGCGACGGUCCUCAUGACAUCGAAGACUGCCAGAAAUUCCGGGGCGACACGUCCAUGACCGAUGGUGAAAGUUCGCCCGGUCCCUCCCAGAACGGAGACUCGCCGCUGUUCUCCAAGUCCACCAACGUCUUGCAACUGGGCAAAUCCAACCUGGCUCGUGAGCAGGUCUUCUGUGACAAUUGCGUUACUUCAUCGCACCGCACCCAAGAUUGUCCCGUAGUCGACGACGACGAGACCUUUUAAGAACGUCAAAUGCUCGGAAAGCCAGCUGGAGAAGCGCAAGAAUUUAAACGAACGCUGGAUCAAGUCUUUGUACCAUCAUCCUUAAUCUUGUAGAGACGCCCAGCAAUGACAAUGACCCCGAUGUAAAAAAAGAAUACGAUCGUCGAGCGUCUUCAGCGGACUGAAUAAUAUUCUUGGGAGCUACGAAGAAUAAUAUUCACGGGAGCUACGAGA